AUGCCCGAUGUAGAUGGACUCCUCCAUAGUCCCGAUAAAUGGCCACGCGACUCCGAUCGACCCACGUCCAGGGUAGAACCUGGUACCUCUCCGCAAACAGACCCGCCUCACCCCAAGUACGAGCGCAGAAACUCGAAUACCGAGACGAGAAAUAUGCAGAAUGGAAGUCGAGCCCGGGCUGGGAGUAGUCGUGGUCGACGCGGGUCUGGCGAGGAUUUGAAAAGUGGCCACUUUCCAGGGUCGCCUGAUAAGACGUUCGGGUUUAUGUUUGAGCACUCUCAAGAGGGGGCGGCUGCUGGGUCAGACUCAGAGCCUCACACGAUGCAUCGUACUUCUUUUGUGGAUGUUCUUGAGAAUGCUGAGGCUACUGCUGAGCUCCAUCGAUGGGUUCGUGACCGGUCUCCUUCCAAAGACAAAGACCGCGACCGCGUCCUCAAGCUCUCACCAGACAAGAUACAGGAACUUAUGUCGUCUCCUCAAUCGAUUCCUUACCGCGCAGCUCGUUUGGACCAGGAUCAAGAGCAGAGCCGAAGAGUGGUAUCCGAUGGCCCCGCCUCAUUGCUCCCAUCGAUUGAGUCGGAUAUUCCCGCCUUCCCCCCGAGUGAACCAAAAUCCGCCGCGGCUGUGGAAGACAACUCUGCAACACAUCCCGUUAGGGACGGUUCGAAUAAGCUUGAGGGACUACAUGGCUUAGGCCUAACAUCACCUUCUACUCGGAACCGUCCGCAUAUAAGCCGCGCUGUAUCAACCCCCCAGUCUACACGCAAACAGACUUUACCAGGAAACAAUACCGAACGAAUCGCACAGACGUGGACAUCUCGGGCUAGACAGGAACGCCCUUCAGUUGGCCGUGAAGCUGAGCCAAAGAGCCUCAAAAGCCCCCCUCCGCCACCCGAGCCAACUUUGCCAUCUCCCCUACCUCAGAACAUUCCUCUACCUCCAGUCUCCAUCCCCACCUAUUUACAGCUGGAGCUUGCCUCCGGAAGUCCAUCUCCACUGUACAUCCAUCGAACUGCUAUGAGUGACUUCCCAUACGAAUCGGCGCGAGUCAAGUUGGAGCGACUGAUGAACUUUCUGGUGCUUCCCCCCGCAUUAGAGCAGGUGCUAUGGUUUGGCAUCCUGGCAUGUCUGGAUGCCUGGCUGCAUUCAUUCACGAUUCUACCUCUUCGUUUUAUCAAGGCGGUUUAUAUUCUGCUGGGGUCAUGGGCCCUGAAUUUGGCCGCCGAGGCUCAAUUCUUGGGCGAUUUUGUCAGAAAGGGGGUUGGACGAGUUUGGCGGCGACGAAACCGGAAGCCAUCCGUAUCAUCAAUGACAGAGACACCUCCAGUCGAUCGUAACAAUAAGCCCUCAAAACCAGCAGAACCGCGCCGGCGCUACCGUGCAGAUACUCACCGGCACCGAAGGCAGAGGUCAAUGCCGUCGGCCCUGCUCCCCGAUGACAAAGCUGACAUCCUCAAGGGGCUGUUGAUGGUUACUACCUGUACAAUCCUCAUGUAUUUUGAUGCUAGCCGUAUGUAUCAUUGGAUUCGCGGUCAAGCAGCCAUCAAGUUAUAUGUCAUCUACAAUGUUUUGGAAGUCAGCGACCGUCUUUUUGCUGCCAUUGGCCAAGAUGUUCUUGAGUGCCUAUUCUCUCGCGAGGCGCUCGAACGUCGGCCAGAUGGUCGAAGUAAGAUAUUUCGGCCGCUCGGACUCUUUUUUUUGGCACUGGCUUAUACAGUCGUCCAUUCCACCGCUCUUUUCUACCAAGUCAUGACACUGAAUGUGGCUGUCAACUCUUACUCCAAUGCUUUGAUCACUCUGCUACUCUCAAACCAGUUUGUAGAGAUCAAGUCAUCGGUGUUCAAGAAAUUUGAGAAGGAGAAUCUGUUCCAGCUCACUUGUGCAGACGUGGUUGAGCGGUUUCAGCUUUGGCUCAUGCUUACCAUCAUAGCCUCGCGGAAUAUGGUUGAAACUGGUGCAUUCCAGUUCGGGGGCAGCCUGCUCAGCACAAGUGCAGGUGGCGCGGACCCUGUAACAAAUAGCACACCUCUGUCAACACCUCCAAGGUCGUCGACCUCGAUCCUUCCCCAAGCCUUUACGCUUGUUCCAUCAUCUGUAAUGGCCUCCAUAAGUCACGUUAAUUCGUUUCUGCCGGCGCUGGCUCAGGUUCUUGGUCCUUUCCUGGUCGUUCUCGGCUCGGAAAUGUUUGUCGACUGGCUCAAGCAUGCAUACAUCAACAAAUUUAACAACACACGUCCAAAUAUUUACGGCCGAUUUUUGGAUAUUCUCGCCAAGGACUAUUAUACCAACGCCUUUGGUGACCAAAAUUUGACGCGCCGCCUCGGGCUACCGAUAAUCCCUCUUUCGUGCCUGUUCUUCCGUGUCUCGGUACAAACGUACCAUAUGUUCUUGGCUGCACUGCUUCCGCAAUCGCCACCGUUGUCACCUUCAUCCUCCAUUGCAGUAGAGACCACGUCUUUAGCAACAAUUCACAGUCAGUACGUACCGGCAGGCCCGGUACCCUCACCGCCACCAAUUACCUUAGGAAAUAUUUUGCCCGCAACAGCAGCCCAUGCAUCGGCAUGGUUUCGCCGAGCGCUUGCGAACGCAAUGCCAUCACCCGCCCAUUCCGUCUAUAUCUUCACCGUUGUAUUGGUUUUGACCGGCUUUGUCCUUCUGCUGAUACUGAAACUUCUCCUGGGCAUGCUUCUUCUUACAUACUCACGAUCCCGCUACAAGUCGAUGAAACAGCGGGAGGCGGAACACUCCGCGCCGGUAUCUUCCUCUACCACACCUAGCAUACCAGAAGGAAAUGGUGCACCACGUGCGCGCGGCUACGACGUAGAUGGCGCCCGACGGUUUGGCGGCUGGGGAACCGUAGAACUUAACGAAGAUCACCGGCGAUGGAUCUACGUUGACGAUCCAGACAGCCUACGCAAGUUGAAGGAGAAGGAAAGCCAGAAGGGGAAGAGCUCACGUGGAGAUGAGUUGCAUCUGGACCAUGUCCAGCGAUACGAGAUGGCCGCAAAGCGGAUAUGGUAA